AUGGCGAAGCUGGCAGCAUUUGUGUUCUGCAUAAUAGUGGCUGGGUGUCCUUAUCCCGGCAUACUGGUGGGUUCUUCGCAUAGUCAUGCAAGUCACAAGGAAGAUCUGCACGGACACUGCAACGCAAACUGCUUCAAAUUGAUGGGGCCAAUCAGGGAUCAUAUCAAAGCCUUAGAGCGUGAACUUGCUUCAGUUAGGAUAAAGAACAAAAUCGAGAAGAUCGGCUGGUCCUGGUAUUAUGUCGAACACAUAAGUAAGCUGAAUUGGACAUCUGCGAUUAGCUUCUGCGAGAAGAUAGGGGGUCAUCUACUCGUUAUUGAGCAAAAAGAUGAGUUCAACGCCCUCAAGAAGAGAUUGGCACACAUAGGACAAUAUUGGCUGGGACUCACCAAUCAUGGCAAGGGCGCCACCAUGACCACGCUGGCCGGAAAGCCGGCUCCCUACCUUCAGUGGCCUCAAUAUCGUCAUAAUGACGGGCAUCAAUAUCAAUGCGCCUACUUUUUUCUUGGUAAUAUGUGGACCACUGCGUGUGCUGACGACUUGGCGUACAUUUGCAAGAUGAAUUACAAUAAAUGA